UUUAAUGAAGCAGAAACAAAUGUUAAUAUAUUAUUUGAAGUUAAAUUGACUAUAGUAAAACCAACUGACCAUAUGUUAUUUGUGAUAACUGAAAAUUUACCAGAUUCAAUAUAUUCAACUUCUAAAACACUAGAAGAGCUUCACAACCCCUUAGAUAGAGAGUGCUGUAUUAAAAAUAUGUUACAAGAAAUGAUACAAAAUGCUACUCUUCUCGCUAAUAGUAAUUCAGAAAGUGUACAUGAACAUAAAAGACAGCUUCAAAGAGAAGUAUAUGCUCGAUCAACUAAAACUGUAAAGCAUGCUAAAGAACGAAGAGCAAAAAGACGAAAAAUUAAUCAUCAUACCUCUAAGAAUACCUAUAUUGAGAAUCGUUGUUUGAUACUAUUAAACAACAUUCUAAUUCAACAAAGAAAAACUCUAAAGGAUUUCUCGAAUAUACCAGUUUCUACAGAAGUUAAUGAUAUUAAUAAUCCUUUGAUUGCUAAAGAACUUAAUUAUAAUUAUUUAGCAUAUUAA